AAUUCCAAGACUGCCACAGACACACCAUGAUCAGGGUCCUACUCCUGUCUGCAUUGGUGGCUGGAGCUCUCAGCUGCGGGCUCCCCACUUACCUGCCCAACCUGUCCAGGGUUGUUGGAGGUGAAGAUGUGAGGCCCAACAGCUGGCCCUGGCAGGUCUCCCUGCAGUUCAACUCCAAUGGCCAGUGGCGCCACACCUGUGGAGGGUCCCUGGUGGCCACAAACUGGGUCCUGACAGCUGCCCACUGCAUCAGCUCCUCCAGGACCUACCGCGUGGUGCUGGGCCGGCACAGCCUCUCCACGGAAGAGCGCGGCUCACUGGCAGUCAAGGUCUCCAAGCUUGUGGUGCACGAGGGCUGGAACCCCAACAAGAUCUCCAACGGGAACGACAUUGCCCUGCUCAAACUGGCCAGCCCCGUCUCCCUGACUGACAAGAUCCAGCUGGGCUGCCUCCCUCCCACUGGCAGCAUCCUACCCAACAACUUCUCCUGCUAUGUCACAGGCUGGGGAAGGCUGCAGACCGGCGGAGCUCUUCCUGACAUCCUGCAGCAGGGCCGGCUGCUGGUUGUGGACUAUGCCACAUGCUCCAGCCCUGCCUGGUGGGGCAGCUCCGUGAAGACCAGUAUGAUCUGUGCUGGGGGUGAUGGCGUGAUCUCCAGCUGCAAUGGAGACUCCGGAGGACCGCUGAACUGCCGGAACGCUAACGGCCAGUGGGAAGUGCACGGCGUGGUCAGCUUCGGGUCAUCCCUCGGCUGCAACUACUACCGCAAGCCCUCUGUCUUCACCCGGGUCUCCAGCUACAUCAACUGGAUCAACUCGGUGAUGGCAAAUAACUAACCACCAGAAGACCUGGGAAGGUCAC